AUGUACCUGAACCAGUGGAGCUACAGCUGCGACGAGGCCCGCCUUUUCCUGGUCGCUCCCGUGACCAUCAUAGAGACCACCUCCGCCAUGACGUGCGGCAUCCUCAUGAACGUGAAGAUGGUCGCCCUGAUCCUGGCCUCCGUGUGCAUCUUCGGCAGCAGCCUCGGCCCCCUCAACUGGCUCGGCAUCCUGGUGGCCGUGGCGGGCGCCGCCUGGUACGCUCGGGAGCAGGGCCGCGCCGCGAAGCCCGAGGGCGGCCCCGCAGCCGGCAGCGUGGGGCGCGCGGGCUCGGGGAAGUCGGCGGGGAUGCAGCCCCCGGGGCAGCUCAGCGGAAGAGUGGCACCGGUGCCGAGUAGCGUUCAACCGGUGCUCUUAGGCGUGUUGUGCGUGAGAGUAAGUGUUCUUGAGCACGAGUUGUUAUCUUCUCGGGCUAUUGACGUCUAUUGUUGUGUGUUAGUGGUUGCGCUGCUCCUGAUCCUCGCCUUUUCUGCCCCUAGUAGGUGUCAGCAGCGGCUAAUGGCCGCUACUAGGGACAAUGGAGGCACUAAUCAGCGCUAG